AUGGCGACCGCCACGUCGAACAUGUUUCUCUACUCGCUGACGCUGCAGCCGCCGACCACGAUCAGCCAUGCUAUCCUCGGCCAGUUCUCCGGCACCAAGGAGCAGCAGAUCCUGGUCGCGUCCGGCUCGCGUCUGGCCCUCCUGCGUCCCGAGCCCGCCCAGGGCAAGGUCGUGACAGUGCUGGCCCACGACGUCUUUGGCAUCAUCCGUGCCCUCGCGUCCUUUCGGCUGGCUGGAAGCUCCAAAGACUACAUUAUUCUGGCUACAGACUCGGGCCGCAUCACAAUCGUGGAGUACAUCCCUGCCGAGAACCGAUUUUCACGCGUGCAUCUCGAGACCUUUGGCAAGUCCGCCGUGCGGCGCGUCGUGCCCGGCCAGUACCUUGCUGCCGAUCCCAAGGGCCGCGCGUGCUUGAUCGCCGCCGUCGAGAAGAACAAGCUGGUCUAUGUGCUGAACCGCAAUGCCCAGGCGGAGCUCACCAUCUCUUCGCCUCUCGAGGCCCACAAGCCGGGCGUCAUUGUCAUCGCCAUGGUGGCACUCGACGUCGGCUACUCCAACCCUGUGUUUGCUGCGCUGGAGAUGGACUACAGCGAGUCGGACCAGGACCCGACGGGCGAGGCGUACCGCGAAUCGGAGACGCUGUUGGUGUACUACGAGCUGGACCUUGGCCUCAACCACGUCGUGCGGCGCUGGUCCGACCCCGUGGAUGCCACUGCCUCGAUUCUCUUCCAAGUGCCCGGCGGCAACGACGGCCCCAGCGGCGUCCUCGUCUGCAGCGAAGAGAAUGUCACCUACCGCCACUCCUACCAAGAGGCCUUCCGCGUGCCCAUCCCACGGCGACGUGGUGCCACGGAGGACCCCAGCCGCAAGCGCACCAUUGUGUCGGGCGUCAUGCACAAGCUCAAGGGCAAUGCCGGUGCCUUUUUCUUCCUCCUGCAGACAGAGGAUGGCGACCUGUUCAAGGUGACCCUGGACAUGGUCGAGGACGACGACGGCAACCCGACAGGCGAGGUGCUGCGCCUCAAGAUCAAGUACUUUGACACGGUGCCCGUCGCGUCGAGCCUCUGCAUUCUUAAGAGCGGCUUUCUGUUUGUUGCGUGCGAGUUUGGCAACCACCACUUUUACCAGUUUGAGAAGCUCGGCGACGACGACGACGAGCUCGAGUUCUCCAGCGACAACUUCCCCGCCGAUCCCAAGGCGCCGUACGAGCCCGUCUACUUUUCUCCGCGGCUGGCGGAAAACCUCGCCCUGGUCGAGAGCAUCGACGCCACCAACCCCAUGCUGGACGUCAAGAUUGCCAACUUGACCGAGGACGACGCACCACAGAUCUACUCGGUCUGCGGCAAUGGCGCGCGCAGCACCUUCCGGAUGCUGAAACACGCCCUGGAGGUGAACGAGAUUGUCGCGUCCCAGCUGCCCGGCACACCCACGGCCGUGUGGACCACCAAGGUGCGCCGGGACGACGAUUUUGACUCGUACAUUGUGCUGUCGUUCAACAACGGCACGCUCGUCCUGAGCAUUGGCGAAACCGUCGAGGAGGUACGGGACACGGGCUUCCUCACAGGCGUUCCCACUCUUGCUGUCCAGCAGCUGGGCGACGACGGCCUCAUCCAGGUGCACCCCAAGGGCAUCCGGCACAUCCGUGACGGCCGCGUCAACGAGUGGCCGGCGCCGCAGCACCGGUCCAUUAUCAUUGCGGCAACCAACGAGCGGCAAGUCUGUGUUGCCCUCAGCUCGGGGGAGAUUGUCUACUUUGAGAUGGACACCGACGGCUCGCUCGCCGAGUACGACGAGAAGAAGGAGAUGUCGGGCACCGUCACCAGCUUGAGCCUGGGUGCCGUGCCCGAAGGCCGUCUCCGCAGUUCCUUUUUGGCCGUGGGCUGCGACGACUGCACCGUGCGCAUUUUGAGCCUCGACCCUGAGACGACUCUGGAGAGCAUGUCCGUCCAAGCACUGACGGCGGCGCCCUCGGCGCUGCUCAUUAUGGCCAUGGACGACUCGUCUGCAGGGGGCUCCGCCAUGUACCUGCACAUUGGCCUCAACUCGGGCGUGUACCUGCGUACCGUCCUGGACGAAGUGACGGGCGAGCUCACGGACACGCGGCAGCGUUUCCUGGGCCCAAAACAGGUGCGUCUGUUCUCGGUGUCCGUGCAGCGACGGGUCUGCGUGCUGGCACUCAGCUCCCGUCCCUGGCUCGGCUACGACGACAGCAAGGCCAAGAACUUUGCCAUGACCCCGCUCGACUACGGCGAGCUCGAGUUCGGCUGGAACUUUAGCAGCGAGCAGUGCGAAGAGGGCAUGGUUGGCAUCUAUGGCAACUUUUUACGAAUCUUCUCGAUUGAGAAACUAGGCGAGCCUCUCAUUCAGAAAACCUUCCCCUUGACAUAUACCCCCCGCCGGCUCGCCAAACAUCCCGAGCUCGGCAUCUUCUACACGAUCGAAUCCGACAACAACACCCUCUCUCCCGACCUACGGCGGCAACUUCUGGAAGCGUCAGGCGCCACCAACGGCAACGCACAGCCCCUCCCGCCGGCCGACUUUGGCUACCCGCGGGGCAAUGGCCGCUGGGCCUCGUGCAUCAGCGUCGUUGACCCCGUCGGCGAGGACCCGGGCGUCACGCAGACCAUUGAGCUCGAGGGCAACGAGGCCGCGGUGAGCAUGGCUGUCGCGCCGUUCACGAGCCGCAACGGUGAGAGCUACCUGAUCGUGGGCACGGGCAAGGACAUGGUCAUGAGCCCGCGCCGUUUCUCCGACGGCUACCUCCACGCGUACCGCAUCAGCGACGACGGCAAGCAGCUCGAGUUCCUCCACAAGACCAAGGUGGAAGAGCCGCCGACGGCCAUGAUUCCCUUCCAGGGCCGCCUGCUGGUGGGCAUCGGCAAGGUGCUCCGGAUCUACGAUCUGGGCAUCAAGCAAAUGCUGCGCAAGGCCCAGGGCGAGGUGGCCGACAAGCUGAUUGUGUCUCUGGCGACGCAGGGCAGCCGCAUCAUUGUGGGCGACCUGGAGGAGGGCGUCACGUACGUGGUGUACAAGCCCGAGGUCAACAAGCUGCUGCCGUUUGUCGACGACACCAUCAAGCGCUGGACCACGUGCACGACAAUGGUCGACUACCAGACGGUGGCCGGCGGCGACAAGUUUGGCAACCUGUGGAUUGUGCGGGCGGCCGACAAGGUCAGCCAGGACGUCGACGAGCCCGGGUCCGAGCUGCAGCUGGUGCACGCGCGCAGCUACCUGCACGGCACGCCGAACCGCCUGGCGCUGAUGGCGCACGUGUACACACAGGACGUGCCGAUGAGCAUCUGCAAGACGAGCCUGGUCGUGGGCGGCCAGGAGGUGCUCGUCUGGAGCGGCCUGCAGGGCACCGUCGGCGUGCUGGUGCCGUUUGUCAACCGCGAGGAUGCCGACUUUUUCCAGAACCUGGAGACGCACAUGCGGCAGGAAGACGCGCCGCUGGCCGGCCGCGACCACCUCAUGUACCGGUCGUACUAUGUGCCGGUCAAGGGCGUGAUUGACGGCGACCUGUGCGAGCGGUUCAAUCUGCUGCCGCGCGACAAGAAACAGAUGAUUGCGGGCGAGCUGGACCGGUCGGUGCGCGAGAUUGAGCGCAAGAUCUCGGACGUUCGCACACGAUCCGCCUUUUAG